GCGGCGGAAGCCAAUCCACGGCAGUGAGACGAAGGGCAGCGGUCAUAUCCGCGAGAGGAACCGAAGCAGCAGCCUUCGCUUUCGUUUCCCUUUUUAACCUCCGACGACGAGCGGGAGGAAGAGAUGCUUAUCCCAAGGAGCAGCAGCUGCUGCGCCCGUGCGCUUCGUCUAUCCACCCACCACCACGCCAUCCACAUGGCCGUCCCCUCCCUUCUCUCCUCCUUUUGCCAUCUUUUCCCCCGCGGUCACGGUUUCAAACCCUUCCCCCAAUUCCUCUCCUCUUCUUGCUCCGCUUCCCCUCUCUCUUCUCUUUCCUCCGUCCCCUCCCCCAAGCCCAACAAGAGGGUCAAGACACUGGUCGCUGCAGCUCUGCUCGAGAUCGGCGGCGUCAAGAUCGCCAAAGAUGACGUGGUGCGAGAGAGCGAUCCCACGAACAAUGUGCCUGACAAUAUCUUCUCCAAGAUCGGUUUGCAGCUCCACCGGAGAGAUAAUCAUCCGAUUGGGAUCUUGAAGAAUGCCAUCUAUGAUUACUUCGACACUAAUUACGCCUCCAAGUUCGUCAAAUUUGACGAUCUUUGUCCCAUUGUUUCCGUGCAGCAGAACUUCGAUGAGGUUUUGGUGCCUGCUGAUCAUGUAAGCAGGAGUUAUAAUGAUACAUACUAUGUUAAUGCGGACACCGUCUUAAGGUGCCAUACAAGUGCUCAUCAGGCAGAGCUACUGAGGGAAGGACACAGCCAUUUUCUUGUAACCGGGGAUGUCUAUCGUAGAGACUCCAUUGAUUCAACUCAUUAUCCUGUGUUUCAUCAGAUGGAAGGGGUUCGCGUCUUCUCUCCCGACGAGUGGAAGGAUUCUGGAACUGAUGCAACAUCUUAUGCGGCCAUGGAUUUGAAGAAAUGUCUUGAGGGUUUGGCAAGGCAUCUUUUUGGUGCUGUGGAGAUGCGGUGGGUUGAUACUUAUUUUCCAUUCACCAAUCCAUCAUUUGAGUUAGAGAUUUAUUUCCAGGAGAAUUGGAUGGAAGUGUUAGGGUGUGGAGUGACUGAACAAGACAUACUCACAAGAAAUGGUAGGAAGGACUCUGUUGCAUGGGCAUUCGGGCUUGGGUUAGAAAGACUUGCGAUGGUUCUCUUUGAUAUACCAGAUAUUAGGCUUUUCUGGUCCACAGAUCAGCGGUUUACAUCACCAUUCUCAGAGGGCAAGCUUGGUGUUAAGUUCAAACCAUUUUCGAAGUUUCCUCCCUGUUAUAAGGAUAUUAGUUUUUGGAUCAGUGAUUCCUUCACCGAGAACAACUUAUGUGAAGUUGUUCGAGGAGUUGCCGGUGAUCUUGUAGAGGAGGUGAAGUUGAUCGACAAUUUCACCAACAAGAAGGGUAUGACCAGCCAGUGUUAUAGAAUCACAUACAGGUCGAUGGAACGAUCACUUACGGACGAGGAGAUAAACCAGUUGCAGUGGAAUGUCAGGGAAGCAGUGCAGGGCAAGUUGUAUGUCACACUAAGAUAAAAACUGAAGUCCGUCAGCUCUAUACAUACUAGGAAAACAUUUGUAACAGAGGACUGACUCUACACUGCAUAAACCCUGUUACACCCGAUUGAUGACUAUAUCAGGCUUCCUUUCACUUGUAGCUGUGCACACAAUAUUUCUAGUGCUUACUAAAGUGUAAUAUCCUAAUUUAAUCCAACAUUUUAAGUGAGAAUUGACUUUGAAUGAAUUUACGGACGGGAUUAUAUACCGUUCUAUUUACCAAA